UCCAAGAAUUAGGUUGAAGAUGGGAUCCGGUGGGAGCAAGGGUUCUUGCAGAGGAGGAGCUUCCUCGUCCAGAAGAUCUAUUGGGAAGAACCGGGUUUUCCAAUCCUCUUGCCUCGGACCGCCUUCUGGAUCUGCUGAAUCCCGUAAUAAAGACUACGGCUCUAAUUUCGCCAACCGGAUCCGGAGAGAACCGGAAUCUGAGCCGGUUCAGGUCAAAAGAGAAUGUUCUAGGAAGGUUAAGGGUGAAGCGGUAUCUGAUUACGAAAUGCCGCUGCCAUGCAUAUCUUCCAGUGGUGGUAGCAACUCCGCCAGAGCCACCACCGCAGCAGUGCAUCACUCUUCUUCUCGUUGCCUCUCCGGCUUUAGCUUCCUUCCGCGUAAUGUUAGUUUCAGAUUAAGCAGAGCUAAUAGUUUGGAUUCGUCUAGGGCAUAUCCUUCAAAUCUUGCGAUAUUGAAUCCGGAUGACAACUCCGAGACAUUUGAAGAACGUCCACAACAACUUCCCCAAAAUUCUUCUUCUUCUGUAAAUUUAUAUUCUCCCGUAAUCUUCCAUGAUGCGGGCACAGAUAGGGAUAGGGAUAGACGUAUUGGAGUUGGAAGUCGAGAGCCCGCUGAAAGGAAUGUACGUUUUAGCAGAACACUGAGCGUUGGAAGGCUUCGUGACCGUGUUCUUCGUAGAGCUUCCUUAUCAGAUUUCUCGUUCUGCCCUUUACAGCAAAACAUCAAUCAAACUCACGCAUUUGCAGCGGAUAUAGAGUCACAGCAAUCGGCUAACUCUUCUUCCACAUCCACAUCUACAUCCACUGCCCCCAUUAUCACCAACAAUCCCGUUUUUAACAUUCAGCACCUUGAAGUUGAAAAUUCACGAUCUAGAGAAGCUAGCUAUCACGAUUUACUCGAGCACAGAUCCAAUUUCCUUGAAAGGAGGAGAAGAAUACGAUCUCAGGUUCGAGCUCUUCAACGGCUAGGAAGCCGUUUUGAGAACUUCUCCGGACAUGAAAGGUCUUGUAUAUUAUCUGGUCAACAUCGAACUGGUCGAUGCACUUGCCGUGUAAAUAAUCGAGAUUCCAAUUCAAAUGAUGAGACAAGUGCCAGGGCUAGUAUAUCCAGAAUUGUUAUGUUAGCUGAAGCAUUAUUUGAGGUUCUGGAUGAAAUUCACCAGCAAUCCGUGGUUUUAUCAUCACGACCUUCUGUAUCUUCAAUUGGUUCUGUUCCUGCACCUAAUGAAGUUGUGGAAUUACUUCCUCUCAAAGUAUACAAGUCGCACAAACUUCAUAAUGAUGAAGCUGCACAAUGUUACAUAUGCCUUGUGGAGUAUGAGGAGGGGGAUAGCAUGCGGAUAUUGCCUUGUAAUCAUGAAUUCCACAGAACUUGUAUAGACAAGUGGCUCAAGGAGAUUCACAGGGUGUGCCCUCUUUGCCGUGGCGAUAUCUGCAGACACGAUUUGGUGGCUGUGGAGAACUGAGCUUGCAGUUUUACUCCAUACUUCCCGAGGAGCAUUGGCAGCCAUGUAGAUAGUAAGCUCUAAACCCUGGUGACAAAAUGGAAGAAA